AUGCAGGAGAUACUGGAGAAGUCGAAACCGACCAUGACCAUAGCGGAAUUCUUGAAUGGAGAAGGGGAAGCGGAAAUGUUGGUGGGGGAAAGGAAGAGGCGCACCAUUAGGGAUCCAGAAGGGAUCUCGUCCCUUCCCACAUCCUACAAUGUGGUGGAUCAGCUCAAGCUGACGACAGUGAGUGCGAGUGUAUGGAAUUACAUCAAGGACAGUGAUAAGGUGAGAAAGGAGCUAUUGGAGGCUUUAAAGAAGGGGGAUGAGGAGAAGGAGGAUGGGGCAGCCGCUAUGCAAGGGGUGGCAAAGGUAGUGGCAGCCGCACCAGUGGAGGAAAAGGGAAAGGAGAAGGAGGCACCUAGAGCUAGUAACCUAUUCUUUCAGAUCCCUCAAUGCGAUGUGUACCUCGGUAAGCAUCGGGUGACCGCGAUAGUUGAUUCGGGAGCUUUACAAACCGCCCUUUCUCACGUGAUAGCUAGAAAGCUUGGUCUACUACCGUACAUCCAAGAUACCACCAUAGAGUUUACCACCUCUAGUGGGGAGACUUCGAAGCCGUGGGGGAUUUUGCUGGAUGUGCCGGUUAGAGUAGGGAAGCUGACUCUACCGGUGGAUAUUGCGGUGACGGGAGCAAACACGUACGACACGCUCCUAGGGCGCGAUUGGAUCUAUUCGGCCAAAGCAGAUAUCUUGACUAGCAAGGGGAAGAUAGUCUAUCAGGUCCCACGCUUCCGCUCUCUGUCGCCCGCGUCGUCGCCAUCAUUUCCGCAGCUCGUCGCCUUCGCGACCCCAGCCCAUCGCGACCCCAGCCCAUCGCGAACGCUCCGCCCGGCGCCUUCACUUCCCCCCCGUCGCCUUCACUUCCCCCCCGUCCCCUUCACUUCCCCCCCGUCGCCUUCACUUCCCCCCGUCGCCUUCACUCCCCGCCCACCGUCGCCUGCUCUUCUCCGUCGCGGUCACCCCCCCCAACCCCGUCGCGACUUCCCACCCGCCAUCGCCUUCACUUUUUCCCACCCAGCGGCCUUCAUUUCCCCCACCACGGAGACCGACUCGGUCCCCAUCAUCACGGGACCAUUGGGUGGUGCUGGCCGCCCCUCUUUUGUGCUCCUCCCCUCCCACACAACCCACAAGAACAUCAACGAGGAGGAUGAGAAGCGGAUCAAGGAGUGGAUGGAGGAGCAGGAUUUCCUCAAUUGGAUGGAGGAGGAAGAGGAGAAGGAGGAGGCUUCUAAUGCGGAGGAGUCUGAGGAGGAAGAGGAGGAGAAGGGGAUUAAGGAGGCUGGUGGAGAAGAGGAGGAGACUUGGGGGUAUAACUUUGGGAGCCCAACGGCGGACGAGAUGGGAGCUUGGGAUACGAUGGCCACGGGGAUUGAUUGGAACAGGACAGAGAAGGGGGGUGAGGGGAGGAUCAUCAUAGGAAGCUACUACACUCUCAAAAAGGAAGCGCCUAGGGUAGCUUGCCCCGCGUUUGAAGACCUUCCCGUCUCGUUGAACCACGAGAAGGGGGAGCAGCAACAGAAGGAGGUGCGGACGCUUUUGGUGGAGUAUAGGGACAUUUUCUCCACAGAGGAGACGUUAGGAACCCAUCCCACCAUCCGCCACCACAUCUCCAUAGGCAACGCUAAGCCUAUCCCCCAUAAGCCAUACCGAGUCUCACCCUCCGAGCGCGCUAGGAUCGAGGAGGAGGUUAGCACAUUGCUCAAGAAAGGAGUCAUUCACCCGUCCAACAGCCCAUGGUCAUCCCUAUGCAUAGUUAUCCCUAAGAAAGACUUUAGGGACCGGGUGGUGAUCGAUUACCGUCCGCUCAACGCAGUUACGGAGGCAGCCGAUCAAUUUCCCAUGCCGCGGAUAGACGAUAUCCUAGAUAAGACGCCUACCAAAUCCGCCUACCAUACCAUCCUUGUAGCGGAGGAGGACGUACUUAAGACAGCUUUUGUCACUUCCACGGGUCAGUACGAAUACACAUGGAUGCCGUUUGGUCUUAAGAACGCACCCGCCACCUUCCAAUGCCUCAUGACCACCACUUUCCGCACCAUACCAACGCCAUCCCAUACCUAG